UAUCGAACUGCAUGCCUUCCCGCCAAUAAAGCCACCUCUCCACUGCACGCAUCGGCAUACGCAUCCCAUCCCACCGUUCUGCCUCCACCAGAAAUGGCAAACCAGCACGUAGGAGAGGAGCAGGAAGCUCUUUUCCACUCCUCCCCAUGCGCCCUUUACUACGUGCAGAGCCCUUCCGCUGCCUCCCACACCAACAGCCACCCGGCAUCCGAGUCGGCCCUCCUCUCCCCCUUCACCCAGGAGAGCUUCCCCAACAACAGGAACCGCGACGAGGUGUCCCGCUUCACCCUCUCCCGCUACUCCUCCUCCCGCGGCUCCAACAACUCCUUCCUCCAGGAGAAGAAGGCCGGCUACGAGAGCCGCGUGAAGAAGGGGGAGCGUCAGCGCCUUCGCAUCGUCGGCGUGAAUGACGGUGAGGAGGACGGGGAGGGCACGCGAAGUGGCAUGUGGAGGUUUGUUUCGCUCGACCCAUCCUCCUCCUGCUGCUGUGUCGCGUUCCAGGUGACAUGGAGGCUCAUGUUCAGUGUGGGUUUCGCCUUUCUCGUGUUCUUCUUGGCCACGAAACCCCCACAACCCAACGUUUCUUUCAAGAUAACAUCAGUCGAACAAUUCAGCCUCAGAGAAGGCCUGGACAACACAGGUGUCGUGACCAAGAUCUUGACCUGCAACUGCUCCAUGGAGAUGGCGGUGGACAACUACUCGAAGGUCUUCGGCUUGCACGUCCGGCCCUCCGCCAUGGAGAUGGCCUUCGAGCACAUGAAGUUUGCAAGCUCACUGAGCGAUGGAUCAUACAUCGAUACCGACGCUUCAUCGGCACUGACUCUAUACUUGGGCACCAAGAACAAGCCGAUGUACGGGGCCGGGCGAAGCAUGCAAGACAUGCUCGAGUCAGGGCGAGGCCUGACACUGGUCGUUCGGGUCAGAUCAAGAUCGUGCUACCGGGUCAUCGGAAACUUGGUUCGAUCGAGUUAUCGUCACGACGCGGAGUGUCAACUGGUCCUACGCGGCGCGUAUGAUGAGGGGGGUCACACCGUAAUCUACAACAGCACCUGUUUCAUCUCCACUGCUCAUGCGUGAUGAUGAUGAUGAUGAUGAGAUCAUUUUUUGUGUGAAACGUUACGAAUAUAUGUUUGUUCAGAUGCAA